AUGAAGAAGAGAUUACGGAGAAUAUGUGAUGAUGAUCAUGAAUUCAACAUGAAAAGUAAAGAGAUGUAUGGUCGUUUUAGGGAGAGAGGUUAUCAGGCGAUUACGCUGGAUAGGGCACUUGAAAGAGCCACUUCUCUUGAGCGGCGGACGAAACGUCGCUUUCAGGACCGACUCGCGGAGCAUAGAUAUGCAGCCAGAGUAGGGAAUGGUGAUUAUGCCAUGGUGAAACAUUUUAAUGAGGUACAUGAUGAUAAGAUCAGUGAUUCGUGUUUGGAUGGAGAAAUAACGUCUUUAUCAUCAAAAGAGCGACAGACGGCACAACCCUGCAAUAGACUAGCCCUAUGUGGGCCCAUAAAGGGCCAUUGUAGGCUUACUUGCAGGGAAACUCUUUCCUGCAUCACAGAUGAAGAGACAUUGAGCUCACAGAGACUUUUAGAUAGAAAUGCAGAACAAAAACUCUUGACCUCCACCAGAUCUGAGAUCAGCUUCACUACCUUACAAAAAUAUAAACGUCAUCAUUCAAAAGUGCACAGAGAGAAGAAGAAGCAGUUUCACUGUCAGCAAUGUGGGAAGGAUUUUGGCUUCUUAUCUCAGCUAAAAGUUCACGCGAGGACACACAGUGGUGAAAAGUCUUUCUACUGCACUGAUUGUGGCAAAUAUUUCAGCACCAAACAAAGUCUUCAUUUUCAUCAGAGAAUUCACACUGGAGAGAAACCAUACGAGUGUCCUCACUGUGAGAAGAGAUUCAGCCAAAAACAUCAUCUGAAGAGACAUCUGCGUAUACACACCAAUGAGAGACCGUAUCAGUGCAGUCAAUGUGACAAAACCUUUAAGAAUUCAAGUUCAUUAAAAUCACACCAGAAUAUUCACUCUGAGGAGAAACGCUAUCAGUGUUCACACUGUGAUAAAGGUUUCUGUCAGAAAUAUCUUCUGAUUAUCCAUGAGAGAAUUCACACUGGAGAAAAACCUUACGUCUGCUCUCACUGUGAAAAGAGCUUCUCUGAUUCAAGUACUUUUAAAGUUCAUCAGAGAGUUCAUACAGGAGAAAAACCAUACAAGUGUCCUCACUGUGAAAAGAGAUUCAGACAAAACAAUCAUCUGAGGACACAUUUGUAUAUACACACCAAUGAAACACCGUAUCAGUGCAGUAAAUGUGACAAAACCUUUAAGGAUUCACGUUCACUAAAAUCACACCAGAAUAUUCACUCUGAGGAGAAACGCUAUCCGUGUUCACACUGUGAUAAAGGUUUCGGUCAGAAAUCGAGUCUGAUUAUCCAUGAGAGAGUUCACACUGGAGAAAAACCUUACGUCUGCUCUCAAUGUGAAAAGAGCUUCUCUCAUCCAAGUACUUUUAAAGUUCAUCAGAGAGUUCAUACAGGAGAGAAACCUCAUCACUGUACUGUUUGUGGGAAGAGUUUCAGCAAAAAAUUUAAUCUAAUGACACAUGUGCGUAUACACACCAAUGAGAAACCAUAUCAGGUUUUAGUGAGACACCAUAGAACUCCUAUAGGUGAAAAACCGUUACAAAUGUUCUCAGUGUGAGAAGACGUUUACUAAGCCAGAUUCCUUAAAAGCCCAUUUGAGAGUUCAUACGUGAGAGAAACCUUACGGGCCCUAUCAUACAUCCAGCUCAAUGUGCGACGCAAGUGUCUUUUGCUACUUUCAACCUGGCGAAAUUAUAAUUUUCACGUUUAGCUAGCACCAAGUUGUUUAAAUAGCAUAUGCAGUUGCGCCCAAUUUUGCACCCAUGGGCGUUCUGGUCUGAAAACAAAGCGUGUUCAGGUGCAUUUUUGGCGCGUUGCUAUUUUGAGGCAACUAAAAUAGACUACGCCAUUGACCAACUAAAACCUGCUCUAAAGUCAAUGACGCAAUAUUGUUUUUGUUAUUUAAUGAGCGCGUUAGUAAUACGGGACGACAGUGCGCGUUUGCUUAUCACACACAUGGAUGCGCAGCAGAACACAACCCUUUUAUAAUAUGAAAAAUUAAAGGAUUAAAACGUAAAAUAUUAUUAUUGAGUCUCUUGGACUUAAAUGAGGGCCGAUUAAGAGACGUUAGAAGAUGUAAAGAGCUGCUUCACCUGUAGCCUGGUAAGAAAUUGUUUUGCUUUAAAUAAAUGCUUAUGUUUUUAAAUGUUUUUUAAAUGCUACCUCACAAAUUAAUUGUAUAUGAUGACUAUGUAUGUACCUGUGGAUAUGGUGAGAUGAGAAACAUUUUUAAGUAAUGCUUUAAAAAAAAACAUGGCGCUGUCUGUCUGAGUGCUGAAAAUGUUCUCUGCACAUUUGUAAAUUCUU